AUGGAGUCAGCUCCCAUUGCCCUCGCCGCCGCCGGCGUGGUUGCGGCCAAGAGCAACUGCAACGUCGAUACUAUCGCCAAGUUUCUCCCCAAGAACUCCACGGUCUUCUACGCCGACCACUACGAGAAGGGCUACAACUUCACCCCUCCCAUUGAAUACAACUACGGCCUGACCUCCGAUCCCAUGGGCAUCAGCGCCUAUGAGCUUCCCCUGGCAGGUUGCGUUGCCCAGGCAAACAUCUCCCUGCCCAACAACACCCAGCACAGCGUGGGCUUUGCCCUUCCCGACGAGUGGAACGGACGGUUCAUGGCUGUUGGUAACGGUGAAUUCUCCGGCUCCGUCGGCUGGUCUUCCAUCAUCAACACCAUGUGGUACGGUUUUGCCAGUGUGUCGACUGAUACGGGUCAUGAGGGCAACAAUGGAAGCUUCGGAUACCACAACGAGGCUGCCCUUGCCAACUGGGGUUACCGUGCCCUCCACAACGCCGUCGUGAACGGAAAGGAGGUCACCAAGGGCUACUACGACCAGAACAUCUCCUACAGCUACUACCGCGGUUGCUCCGCCGGCGGUAAGCAGGGUCUCAAGGAGGUUGAGAUGUACCCGGAGGACUUUGACGGUGUCAUUGCCGGCGCUCCCGCCUGGUGGACGACUCACCAGCAGCUGUGGAACGUCCUUACUGCCAUCUGGAACCUUCCCGAGACGGCCGACUACCACGUCACCGAUGACCGGAUGACUGCCGUUCAGGAUGAGAUCCUGAAGCAGUGUGAUCCUCAGGAUGGUCUGGUCGACAACAUCCUCCAGAACCCCCUCGGAUGUGUCUUCGACCCGACUCCCGUGAUGUGCAAUGCCACCUCCUCCAACGACACCUGCGUGACCGCCGCCCAGAUGGAGACCGUCAACAAGAUGUUCAACCCCUGGGUUGAGGCCAACGACACCCUGGGCUUCCCCGGAUACACCCUCGGCACGGAGGUUGGCGCCCCUACCCUUGACAGCGACUUCGUCACCUACAUCCAGUACAUGCUCCAGAUCGGCGGCGACUGGACCUGGGAGGACUGGAACCCCUCCCUCCUGGAGCUGUCCGACAGACUGAACCCCGGAAACGCCACCGCCGACGACUUCAACAUCGCUCCUUUCUACGAGAAGGGCGGUAAGCUCCUGCACUACCACGGUUACUCCGACCCUUCCAUCGCCACCGGCGCCUCUUUCUACUUCUACAACCACGUCCAGGAAGCCCUCCGUCCCCAGGACGUCCCCGUUGACGACUUCUACCGCUUCUUCCUCAUCCCCGGUAUGGAGCACUGCACCGGUACCCCCACCGACCAGAGCGCUCCUUACUACAUGAACGGAGACAGCCAGGCUGCGUCCCUCUCCGGCACCGUCUUCGGUGUUCCCGGCUUCAACGACGAGAAGCACGAUCUUGUCCGCGCCGUCAUGGCCUGGGUUGAGAACGGCACUGCCCCCGACUACCUGAUCCCCACCAAGUACAAGAACGACGUCGUUGCCGAUGGUGUCGACAAGCAGAGACCCAUCUGCGCCCACCCCAAGCUUGCCAAGUACAACGGCAGCGGUGAUGCUAACAAGGCCGAGAACUGGCACUGUGCUUCCCUGUACUAG